AAACCCUCCUAGUCUCUCCCCUUAGCAUUCCUUCCAAGGAAACAGAAGAGAAAUGGGUGGUAUCGAUAGUGAAGUGGAGAAGAGUGCACAAAAAGAAAAGGAGCAGAAAAAGCUGUUGGCUUUAGCUCCUAUUGCUAAACCUCUUGCUGGCAAAACACUCAACAAACGCAUCUUCAAACUUGUUAGGCGAGCUGCUGAGAAAAAGUGCUUGAAGAGGGGCGUUAAAGAGGUGGUAAAGAGCAUUCGACGCGGUCAAAAAGGUGUGUGUGUUAUAGCUGGAAAUAUAUCUCCUAUAGAUGUCAUCACCCAUGUUCCGAUCCUAUGUGAGGAAGCUGAUAUACCAUACAUCUACGUUUCCUCAAAAGAAGAUCUUGCAAAUGCCGGAGCCACCAAGAGACCAACUUGCUGUGUUUUGGUGCAGACAAAGCCUGCCAAGGGAGAACUUAGCCAGGAGGAUCAAGAGAAACUGAAAACAGAUUAUGAUCAAGUUGUAUCGGAAGUUGGUGAAAUGGCAUCCUCGAUGUUCUGAUUAUCAACAUUAUGAUGUUGGAGUUUGUACCUAAUUCCCUAGUACUCAACUUUAGUAAUGGCUCUAGUAUUAAUCUUUUCAAGCUGAGCUGCGCCUCUUCUUUUUUUCCAUUUCCCGUCUAAAUUCUGGAACUUCAUUCAAAGGUGCUGCUAUGUAUCCAUAUCCAAGUUUUGCUCUAAA